AUGCGCGGACUUCCCUAUCUCGGUCAAAUGCGACACCCCUACCUUUCAGCCUUUGAUACGACCCGCCAUCACGCCUGUAUAAAAUCUGUCUACAUCUCCGCCGCCAUUCCCACACACGUAUAUAUACGUCUAUAUAUCUCUGCCCACGAGGAUCUCAUAUCGUCGAUUCUAGGAUUGUCUUCACGUACACCCACACACCAUCUGAUGUCCAUUUCGCAAGACCCUCCUCGAGUCCAAGUACUCGCGAACGUCGACUCCGAACCGCAGUUCGCGCCCUCCAAGACCACCGCAAGCGACAUUCUCAGCUCCGAAGCGCUCCAGUUUGUCGCGCUCCUGCACCGCACUUUCAACGGCCGCCGUUGCCAGUGCCUUACGGACCGCGGGGUCGUGCAGAGUGAGCUUGACGCGGCCGGAGCCGCCGCCGCUAAAGCCGGUAACUCCGUCGGACCCUCCGCGGAAGCGCUGUUCCGGUUGCCACCGGAAACUCAACACGUGCGUGAUGACGUCAGCUGGCAGGGUGCGGUCCCCGCGCCCGGCCUAGCCGAGCGGCACUCGGAGAUAACGGGCCCGCCCUUGCGUAACAUGCUGGUCAACGCGCUCAACGCGCCCGUGUCCACGUAUAUGGUGGAUUUCGAAGACUCUGCGGCUCCUACCUGGGCCAAUUGCGUGUAUGGCCAGGUCAACCUGUUCGACGCCAUCCGCGAUCAAGUCGACUUCCGUACCGCUCGCAAACAUUACCAAUUGAGCGCACCUUUCAAAUCACUUCCCACGGUGCUUGUCAGACCACGUGGAUGGCACAUGGUCGAGAAGCACGUGACCGUCGACGGAGAACCUAUCUCGGCGUCGUUGUUUGAUUUCGGGCUCUAUUUCUUCCACAACGCCCGCACGCUCGUGGAGCUGGGCAAGGGCCCGUACUUCUAUCUGCCCAAGCUCGAGCACUACCGCGAGGCGCGGCUGUGGAACGACGUUUUCAACGUUGCCCAGGACGUGCUGGGCAUCUCACGCGGCACGGUGCGCGCCACGGUGCUGAUCGAAACGCUCCCCGCGGCGUUCCAAAUGGAGGAGAUCUUGUUCGAGCUUCGCACACACUCCGCAGGCCUGAACUGCGGUCGCUGGGACUAUAUCUUCAGCACCAUCAAACGGCUCCGCAACGUGCCGGGUCACGUGCUCCCAGAUCGCCAGCAUGUCACCAUGUCUGCGCCGUUCAUGGACGCGUACGUGCAACGGCUGAUCGAGGUGUGUCACCGGCGCGGUGUGCACGCCAUGGGAGGCAUGGCCGCGUACAUCCCCAUCAAAAACGACGAGCGUGCCAACGCGGCCGCGCUCGCACAGGUGAGAGCUGACAAAGAGCGCGAGCUGCGUAAGGGCCACGACGGUUCGUGGGUCGCACAUCCAGCACUGGCACCUAUUUGUAACGAAGUAUUCCAUCGCAUGGGCACGCCCAACCAGAUCCACUUCCGUCCCGAGUGCGCUGUGCAGGCCAGCGACUUGCUCAACACGCGCAUUUCGAACGGCGGCGUCACCAUCAAUGGAAUUCGCCAAAACCUCUCGAUCGGUCUGCAGUACAUGGAGGCAUGGCUGCGUGGGUCGGGAUGCGUGCCCAUCAACAAUCUAAUGGAGGAUGCGGCCACUGCCGAAGUUUCGCGGUGCCAGUUGUACCAGUGGGUGAGACACCGUGUGACAUUGAGCGACACGGGCGAAGUGGUGACACCGGACCUCACGCAACGUAUUUUGGAAGAACAGGUCGCCGAACUAUCUGCCAAAAGCCCGCUCGGUGGCGACAACAAGUUUGCACUCGCAGCCAAGUAUUUCUUGCCCGAAAUUCGCGGCGAGAAAUUCAGCGAAUUCUUGACCACUCUGUUAUACGACGAAAUUCUGACAUUGAAGAGUCCACGUUUGUGA